AUGGAUGAUUCAGCAAAGUUGAAUAAUAAUGUAUCUAAAAGCUAUGAUAAAACAUCUGAGAAGUUUACAGAUAAUCUUAGAACAGUUAGUAGUUUGACUUCUCCAGAAAUAGAUGAAUCACUAGAAUUUCAACCUCUUAAAGUUAGUUUAUAUGAACUAAUAUUACGUCAAUUAGUAGAUGAUGGAUUAGUAGAAGUGGCACAUAUGUUGCAUACUAGGACAAAACUUCCAGUACCAAGUAAUAUGCCUAAGGACAGUUUAUACAAUUUUUACAAGACCCUAACUUUUUUACCAAUGGAUCUUAGAAAUAGUGAUAAGAAACUUGAAACAAAGAAGGAAUUGAAUGAAAUUAGAAGUAGUAGUGAUAUACAUAGAAUUGAGAGUAUUUUGCCAAAUUUGGAAAAUAUAUCAAAACAAUGGAUACCAUUAAAUCUUAAAUCAAGAAUACAAUCCCAAAGAAGAGAGGAUGGGAAUAAUGAGAAUAAUAAUGGGAGUACUAAAAAGAUGGGAUCAGGAAUGUUUUCAUGUGUAACAGAUAUAGGUGAAGUUUAUUAUUUAAGAAAUAUAACAAAACUAACAGAUUCUGAUAAUUGGCAAUAUCCUCCAAUGUUGUCUGCAAUAUUAAGAGCAAAUACAAUAAUAUCUAAUCAUAGACCAUAUUGUAGAGCUUUAUGUGUAGGUCCUAAUGGAAUGUUUAUAGCAACUGGAGGAGCAGAUGGAAUGGUAAGAGUAGUUCCACCUCCAUCUCAGAUUCCUGGAAGUAAUUCAAGUUCAAGUUUAUCAUCACAUCAAAAGAUUUUCACAGAAAGUAGAGGUAUUAUUACAGCACUGUCAUGUCGCCCAAAGAAAGAUAUACUAAUAUCUGGUGAUACAGAUAGUACACUAAUUAUAUAUGAUAUUAAAGGAAGUAUUAAUAGUAAUACAAAUAGCAGUGGAGCUAGCAUAGGAACAUUAGGCCCAAGUGGACCAAUAGGAACAACUAAUACAGGAUAUUUUGUACCAAGAAUAUCUCGAAAAUCAGUUCAUUUUAUUAGAGAGAUAUCUCCAAUUACCUGUAUAGAUGUACAUCCUUGUGAUGAUUAUUUUCUUGUAGGGACUCAACAUCCUAUUUUACGUUUAUAUGAUAUAAAUAGUUGUGAGAGUUACACUUCCUCAAAUCCAUCUCAUCAACAUAAUUCUGGGUUAACUUGUAUAAAAGUUAGUAAUGAUGGUUCUAUAACACUUACAAGUAGUGAUGAUGGAUCAAUAAAAUUGUGGGAUUCUGUAAAUCUUCACUGUGUAAAUACAAUUUACAAUGCUCAUUGUGGAUAUCCUGUACAUUCUUUAUGUUUAUCUUUAUCUCAAAGAUAUUUGUUAUCAUGUGGAGGUGAUGGUAUGGGUCGUUUAUGGGAUCUAAGGAUGGGAAAAGAGAUGAUGAGGUAUUCAACAGGAUUAAGGAAUACAUGCCACUCAAAGGGAAUAUUUUUAGUAGAUGAACGUUAUAUUGCAAUAACUGCUAUUGAUGCUACGAUUUGUACUACUAGUGCAGUUAAUCCUGCUGUACAUUCAAAUAAUUUGAAUUCUAAUAAUGUAUCAGAUGUUAAUAAAUUAAUGAGUAAUAGGAUGUCAAAUAGUUUUUUAGAUAAUACAAGCUUAAAAAUUGUAAAGACAGCCACUGUUCUAGAUCAUAUAACAAAACCUAAUCCACUAGGGGAUAUUGUUAUUUUUAAUUCUGUAAAUGGUAACAUUGUAGGGACUAUUGAAGGAAUUCAUGAUGCCCCUGUAAUGGAUUUUGAGCUUAUUAUUAACCCACAGAGAAUUUCUGGUAUUUCUUGUACAAAUAAGACUAGUGUUCCUUCUCAUUUAACUGAUUGUGCUAUUGUCACAGUUUGUGAUGAUGGUAAAUGUCGUUUAUUGGAUCUUAACUAUGCUUUUAUUCCAGAUGAAUAA